UUUUCAAACACUCGAGACCUCGGUUGCUCGAACCAGGGUGCUGAUGGAAAGGAAGAGGGCCUGUGUAACCCCCAAGGCUGUGGUGUUUUAAAUUUCAAUGACUCGAGCGGAUUCGUAUGGGCAAUCACAUUGUGGGCUUUGUCGGUUGUGCCUGCGCUAGGUACUACAUUUGGUAGUCGAUUGGAUUUAAGCUCAUCUGCUGGCCCGUUGUGUUUACAGUGGAAAGCCACUCGAGCUCCUACUAUUUCAGAAGUUUUUGAUGUGCACAAUCAAUGG